AUGGAUCAUCGUAAAAUAUUAUCGACAAUAUUACUCCUCUGGGGAAGUAUGCAAGGUUAUGCAAAAAUUUCCCCCAAAAUUAUGUCGCUUCAGCAGGUUCUGUACACGGAACUGCAAUCGCUGGAAAAGAGUGCUUUGAUAACUCACCCCGACCACACAGCUCCCUACGAAAGUGCUUCAAGCCGAUUGCGUACCGUUUUCCGCGAGUUUGAACAGCAAAACCAGGAAAGUAUCACUGCCGUUUUGAAAGUGUUGGCAUUAAUUGAUCAUACGCUAGAGAACACGAUACAAGACUGUGAAAAAGUGUUUCAUCUUCCAUCGCUCGAUAGUGAGAAUGUUCUGUUUCGCGAGGUAACGCUACCACUGUUACACCACGUUGAAACGCUUUGCCAGCUAAUAGCCGAUCAAGAUUUCGGUGCGAUAGAAUCGACGAUGGAGAUAGUGGAACAGGAAGCAAGCCGUUACCGCCAACGAUUGGACGAAACGAAACGUAAUAUGCAGACUGUGCUGAGCGAGUUGGACGGCGACCUGGAAACAUCUUCAUUGUCGAGGAAAGUUGACAGUUUGUAUGAAGAGAUAGAGUUAAUGAAUACCACGGUUUGUGAAGCGACUAUCUCCGCUGCUAAAAUUAUGUUCGAGAGACAACAAAAAAUAGCAAAUAGUCUCGCACAGUUUGAAGGCUCAAACUCUGAUGAUCGUAUGGAUGGAACGUUGUCAAACUUUACGACAUUUUUGCAAUACGAAGCAGAAGAGCUGGCUGAGGACCUAAGGGAGCAGCUUGAAAGUUGGUUCAAUGAAACGGAAGCCAUGAUCAACGUAGUUGCGGAGGAAGUUCAAUACAUACCACGUAAUCUAAUGGAGUCCCCGAUCGAUAGCUUUCUACGCAAGGAGAGUUCAUUGAAAUGUUUAGCCGAGUACAGCAACCAAAAGGUGGUAGAAAAUAUAAUGCAAGGUUUAGAAAGCAUAUUGCAGUGCUUCAGUAUUACAACCAAUGCCGAGCGUCUAUUUGCAAUAGCGAACAAUCUACUCAAGGAAAUUGGCGAUGAUGUUCAACACAUUUUGGAAGAUAUUGUACACUGCCAUCAAAGUACUGAACUGGAUGGGUACGAUGCAGAUGAUUACGGAGCAAUCGCAAGCUGUUUCGAAAUGUCAAACUCGAUCUUAGAAGCAAUGGAAGACUACAUUGACUCUAAAAUGGACGUAAUCUUCUAUCAGGUCGCACUAGCGCUGCACCUGAAUGAGCUUAAAAUGGAGACGUGUGUGUACUAUAGAUCACGCGAGAUGAUGCUGGCAGUGUCGUUAGUCAACCAUCAAUAUAAGAAGUGUCAUUUGAAAGGGGAAAUAGAAUUGUGA